AGGUGUUAUUGCGACUAUAAAUUAUUUUUUAAAAACUUGAUUUCAGGUCGGUAAUAGCCACUGCUUAUUCUGGCAGACGGGUUGCAGAAUAGGCUAGGGCCUAUCAUAAGAUGAAAGAAAAAAGCAACUUUGAAAUGGCACCUUUUAUGGGAAUAUUGCAAACCAACAUUUGUUUGCCCUUCCAACGUAUCUCGUUGCGCGUCCUGGACGGCUGUGACCCUCCACACUCUCAAAAAGUCCGUGUCCAAAUGCACCUUUUUGUUUCUUUGUCAAAGUUGUAACUGAUGUGUUACAAAAGAAAAGUUGUGUCAGAAGAGGAUAGUUUUCACCACCGUGUUGGAAGUUUAACACAAAUGUACUGUACUUAACUAGACAUGGUGGCGUGUUAAAAAUAACACGUUAUGUCACUAACACAUCUGUUUUAAGAGUGUGCAUUCAGCUCAAACAACACGAGCCGAUGUUCAGAGCAGGGACAGUAAUUUGCGCGUCCUCACAUGCUGAUAAGAAUCAUCACUCAUAAGAGAAAAGCAGUAUGGUUGUAGGGCUCUAGGAUGGUGUUUAUCAUAUGAGUGAAACCGAAAUUAACUGAAACGGGAACUUCAACGUCAGUUUAAAGACGGAGCAAAAAGAAGAGGGAGUAAAAAGAAACUAUUCACUUUAAUAAAAUAACUGAGUAAGUAGCAUCAUUUGGAUUGGGUUGGGAAGAAUAGCAGCUAAAUGUGAAUGGGUUUAGGGUUGGGACUCAGAAGUAUAAUCGCUGUAAAACGCUUAAUUCUGUAAAACAAAGAACUGAAAAUAAACUGCCACGAUUUACGUGUAGGCUAUUUUCAGAUUACCCAUUUAGGACAAAAAACAAGUUUUACGUUUAUUUCAGUAUUUAUUCGUGAUAUUUUAUGACUUUAUUACUUUAUUUAUCUCGUUGGAUAUGACGGAAGUCACAGACCAUAUUUGGUUAAAAAAAACAACAUACGUAACAUUUUGACAGCUACGCUUAAGAAAAAACAGCGGACAUUUUGUCAAACAGUAGGCUACCGAACAGCAUUGGUUUUUACAGUGAUGUUGGAGUGAACCCAGGGUAAAUUCAGUAGGCUAAUUAUUGGUGUGUCACUUUUAUAGGCUACAGUCUAUGCUCUGAUGAUUGCCUGGGUCCAGACCUUUGAAUCCAGUCUCUGGUCCAGACCUGUAAUCCGAAUCCGCCCACUGCAGAUUCGGAAAUGGAGUGACGAGUUGGCAAUUCUGUCUGAUAUCAGGCUAGUCUGAUGACUUAGUAGGCGACUAGGGAAAUGAUAAAUGAGUUCUGACUUGAUAUAAAUAGCCAACAAAUAAAUAAUAAAAAUGAACGUGUGUGAACACAUAAAAAGUGACGGUUCACUACUAACAUCCGUGAAUUUAAUUUUAGUGAAUGUAUUUCUACUGUAUUUCUUAUAUUAAUGUGUCUAUGUUUAUUAAACAACGUCCACAUUACAUCCAGCAUUCAGUCAGUGCCAUUAAUAAACGUAUUCUUAAUAUAAUAAUUCAGACACAUUUGGAACACUACAUUUUCCCACACGGAAAUAAUAGGCAUUUUAGAAGUCUAUAGACCUAUGUCUUGAAUUGUGCUCAAAUAUAGAAUAUGGACAGAAUGUACAGAACGUGGCAUGUUAUUGUUACUGUUUUUGUGUUCCCCAUUUUAGGUUAAAGUAUAAAGUGAAAGAAACUUUCACUGUUCGUUACAUAGAACGUACGCAGAACUGGAGAGGGUAGGAGGGGCCAAGCAGUGAAGCCUAGGAAGUAACGGGGAAACCGCCUCUACUGCGCAUUAAGUUAAUGUGGAAAUCCAAGGCGAUUUAACAGCCAAGGAAAACCUCAUCGGUCCCUUUUUUGUGAACAUAGAUUUCAUUAUGUGCAGCAGUUUCUGAAACAAUUGUUGUUUUGGUCGAGAAGUCUUGGGAAGAUAUUUAUUAAAAUGUAUAUUUGAUUAAAUAUGAAUAUUUUUCAAUCUGCUUUUCAUAUGAAACGUAACGGUGGUCAAUCUAGUUUCAGAAUAUCACUGAGGACGUUUUAUUAGCCUUCAAAACUGAUAUUCCCCAUUCACUUUAAUGGGAGCUGCAAUGUUUUGCCCUCAAUACGCGCAGUACAGGCUUACUUCCGGGACUUCAAAGGCUUAGGUUAGUUGAAGGCGUCCUCGCCUGUCGAGUCUGCAUAUCUAUGGUGCCUUACGGCCUUUUGUUAUUUGAACUGAAGUGCGAAAUAGCUUUCCACAUGCAGGAGCGUGCUGAAAAAAUGUCUAAAUGGUAACUCAUCCAGUAUCUAUACGCCCUUAUUUCUUGUCAGGCUGACGGGAGGUGCUGGAGCGUAUCCCAGCAUGCAUUGGGCGAGAGGCAGGAAUGCGCCCUGGGCAGUUCACACUCACACCAUUCACUCAUACGCUCACACCUACGGGCAAUUUAGACUCUCCAGUUAACCUAACCUGCAUGUCUUAAGACUGUGGGAGGAAACCGGAGUACCCAGAGGAAACCCACACAGGCUCAGGAAGGAACAUGCAAACUGUACACCGAAAGGCCCAGGCCAAGAACCAACAGUGCCAUGCAAUGCGACGCUGUACUGCCACUCGUUUCAAAUCACUCCGACCUACUUGGGGUGACAUAGCUCAGGAGGUCUGCAGAUUUGGAUCAGAACCGUGUUGUGGCCUAAUCUGGUCUGAUGUGUUCCAGUCCUCUGAGAUAGGGGGCUGUGUCUAAAAUGAGCCUCUCAGAGGAGCCAGAGUAUAAAGAUGGAACCCACAACGCUGACAGAAAGAGGGUCCAGGUAGAGAGAGCAGGGUCACCUGUACCCAGCUGUGUGUCUCUGAAGAGUGAUCGUUCGAUGCAUCAUCCAGCUAACCUCAGAGGAGAGUUCAAAGAUGAUCAAUGGGUCCAGGUAGAGAGAGCAGGGUCACCUGUACCCAGCUGUGUGUCUCUGAAGAGUGAUCGUUCGAUGCAUCAUCCAGUUAACUUCAGAGGAGAGUUCACAGAUGAUCAAAGGGUCCAGGUAGAAAGAGCAGGGUCACCUGUGCCCAGCUGUGUGUCUCUGAAGAGUGAUCAUUCAAUGGAUCCUCCAUUCUACUUCAAAGGAGAGCCCACAGGUGAUUCAAGGGUCCAGGUAGAAAGAGCAGGGUCACCUGUACCCAGCUGUGUGUCUAUGAAGAGUGAUUAUUCAAUGGAUCCUCCAUUCUACUUCAAAGGAGAGCCCACAGGUGAUUCAAGGGUCCAGGUAGAAAGAGCAGGGUCACCUGUACCCAGCUGUGUGUCUAUGAAGAGUGAUUAUUCAAUGGAUCCUCCAUUCUACUUCAAAGGAGAGCCCACAGGUGAUUCAAGGGUCCAGGUAGAAAGAGCAGGGUCACCUGUACCCAGCUGUGUGUCUGUGAAGAGUGAUUAUUCAAUGGAUCCUCCAUUCUACUUCAAAGGAGAGCCCACAGGUGAUUCAAGGGUCCAGGUAGAAAGAGCAGGGUCACCUGUACCCAGCUGUAUGUCUCUGAAGAGUGAUGAUUCAAUGGAUCCUCCACUCUACUUCAAAGGAGAGCCCACAGGUGAUUCCAGGCUGCAAGUAAAAAGACUAGGGUCACCUGUUCACAGCAGUCAGUCUACGAAGAGAAUUUGCACAAUGGAUCCUACACUUGCCUUCAGAGGAGAGUUCACAGGUGAUCAAAGGGUCCAGGUAGAGGGAGCAGGGUCACCUGUACCCAGCUGUAUGUCUAUGAAGAGUGAUCAUUCAAUGGAUCCUCCAUUCUAUUUCAGAGGAGAGUUCACCGGUAAUUCAAGGAUACAGCAGUCACUGGAGUCCAGCUCUUUAGAAGGGAAGAGUUCUCAGAAAUUGUCUUCUCCCAAGCAGGUGUGA